AUGCAGAAAAUCAAUGACAAAAAACAGCCUGAAGCGGCCAGGAGCUCCAAGAAGCGUUUCUCAAUUUCCAGGGAAAUAGCAAAUAGAAAAAUGAGCAACUCCAAUUUAUUCUCGUCAGAAGAGAGUAAAAUAAGAAUGCUUGGUAGCAGGCAUUCAGUUUCAUCAAUCAAAAGCAAACAAAAACUUAACCUCUCUAUGAACAAAGAUCUAUCUAGAGGAUCAUCGUCAUUCUCCAGCGAUUCAGAAUCAAAUAAGGAACCUUAAGAAUAAUCAAUAAUUUUGAAGGAUAAUAUCGGAAUUAUAUAAUAGGGGCAAUCGUCCUUUUAUUAAGUAUAGGAUAAACUAAUUUUGCCUAAUAUGUCAUUCGAAUAAGACUUUAUAAAUCCUUUGGAUAUAUCUGACGGAAUUGAAAGAUCGAUUUUAAAAAUCUAGUUUAUUGAUUUCGAACACAGAUGGGGAAUGAAACAAGAUAUAAAUCUUCAGAAAUAAUGUGGAGGAGAUCAAAUGCUUAUGUCUUAAGCGAGUGAGGGUUUGUCUUCGCACAAGUCAUUAAGAAUGUCUCAUCGAAGCAAGAAAGGGGCGUUUUAAUCAAAGUUGCUAUUAAUUCAAAACAAGGACAAAUAACAGAUAAGUGAUAGUGAAGAUGAUGAUUAUACUGAUGAUUAGAAAGUGGAUGAUAAAAUUGUAAAAAAAUUUGAAAAGCUUUAUGAAAGAAAUCCAUUUGAGGAUCCUUAUUAUAUUAAACUGUAGGAGCUACACGGUUUCGAAAGGUUGCACUAUGAAAUAAAUGCUUAUAAUGAUGAUAAACGGUUUCUGAAAUUAAGGAAAAAAAUAGUAUAUUAUUCUUUAUUUAUUCCAAUCUUGUGCAAAAGGAUAAUCAAUAGUGUUUUAUUUAAAAUCAUCAUGUCCUUUCUAAUUAUUUUUAAUGUUACCUUGUACAUUUACUCAUAAACUUAAUAAGACCCAUUGUCGACUAAAAAUAUGGAGAAAGGCAUAAUGGUUUGUUUCUUGAUAGAGUUGGCAAUUAGGAUUAUAGCUUCAGGAGUAAUCAUCCCAAAGGGAGCCUUUUUCAAGAAUUUUUAGGAUAUAUUUGAUUGCAUUUUGGUUGUAGUUUACGUUUUAAAUCUCAAUUAUCCUGACGUCUUUAUUGUCGAUAUAUCUCCCUUAAGAAUGAUAACCUUACUUCUGUAUUUAGGAGACAUUUUCUAAGGAUUGGGAGUGAUGUUAAAAGCUCUGAAACAAUCAUUUAGAUUUCUUUUAGAAGCAUUAAUGAUAGUUGGAUUAUUUUCAUUGUUUUUCGCUAUAACUGGAGUGUUUAUGUUUCAAGGGUUAUUUAAUUAUAGAUGUCAAUUUGAUAAUGGGGAUGAAACAGAUGGUUGGAUAUAGUGCAAUUAAAAUUCAUGUUUUGAGGAGGGGAUGUCAUGUUAAUUUUCAUCUUUCACUCCUAAACCUCCAACCUCCUUCAAUAAUGUAGUUUAUUCCUACGGACAGGUCUUGAGAACGAUAACGAUGGAUGAUUGGAGUUGGGUUAUGUUUUUUACGAUGAGAAUCUAUCAUCCCUGGACUUGGCUAUAUUAUUUAUUUAUUAUUUUUGUUUGUGGUUUCUUUGGGUUCAACUUGGUUAUUGCAGUUAUUAAAAUUCAUUAUGCUGAAGCGGCAGAGGAGAAUGCAAAGGAGGAAGAGAUGAGAUAAAUUUAGUAGAAGAUUAAGGAGAACAGAGAAUUGCCAGAAAGGGAUAUUAUUAAUGUAUUUGAUGUUGCAUUUUUACGAUACAUUAAGUUUUUUCCUGUUAUUCAAAGAUAUAGAUUGGCUUUGAAAUCUUCUUAUCGAUCCAUUAAGUUGGAAGAUAAUCUAAAUGAGAAAGGAAAUUCAAGUAAAACAAGAAUACUGUCAGCAAAAUAAAAAAAGAAUGAUGACUACAAUUCACAAUUAGGAUUUUUAAAGAGAAUUUUUUAGAGAAUCUAGAAUUUUACCAUAAAAAACAUUCUUCUCCCAAAAUUUUAUAUUUUGAACGAAAAACAAAAUAAUAUUCAUAUUAGAAAAUACACUGAAGAUGAAAUCGAGUUAUAAAUAUUGGAGAGAUUGAAGUCUUUUUAGUUCUCGCAAUUGCAAUCUUGUGUCAAUUAACAAAUUCAAUAAAGCUUCGAAAGUGAAGUUGAUGUCUUACCAACUCUGAAUUUACCAGAUUGUGAGAAAAACGAGAUAGAGAAAGAAAUCCUUAACAUGAGAAGCUUAAAAAUACCAGUCGUUUAUCCAGAUAUCAAAUAAAAAAAGUUUGAAUAAAUUUAACAUGAUCAUAAAAAACUGAGUAAAUUUCCAGUAAGAGGAGUAAAAAGAAUCAUUAUUAACUAAACUGAAGAUGAAUAAAAUGAAACUAAUAAUUCAUUAGAUCAAAACAACUUUAUUUAAUAAAAGCAAAGCAUUACACAAACCCAAAAACUCAAGACUUCCUAAGGAGAGAACAAUAUUCCAUUUGCCAUAAAAAAACAAAAUUAAAAUUAUGUCUAUAUCCAAGGAUAUUACUUAAAUUAUGAAGGAGUUUCUACAAAAAUUAAGGCCAAGAUUCAGAAGAAUAAAAAUUCUCAAUCUUCCAAUGAAUUUCAAUAUAGAUUACUGAGAAGAAAAGAUAUUCAAUAGAAUCAAAUUUCAAAAAAGACUUGGUCUGGAAAUGAUGUUUUAAAAUUAAAUGAAUCAAGAUUGUUUAAUUUUAGAGAUGCAUUAAAAAGACUCAAUUUUAUUGAUAUCUAAAUUUGGAUGCUUGGAUUUUAAGGUAAAGUUGAAACGCUGCGUAAAUAUUCUUACCUCCUAAUUACGUCUUAAAUAAGCUAAUUGUUUUUCGAUCUUAUUAUCUUGAUCAAUUUUACAUUCCUCUCACUGUAAGGAAUAGCUGAUUCAGUCACAAUAUCGAAUGAAGAGGAUGUUUCAACCAUAUUCCUAUGUAUAGAAUUGGUAAUAAGAUUUUUCGCUUUUUCUUUUAAGGAUAUAGCGUCAAGUCCUGACUAUGUCUUAUAAUCUUGUAUUGUGACUUUAAACUUCAUCGAACUCACUAUGAGUUCAAUAAUGACAAAUUUAAACGAAUAAAAUCUUAGAUUGAUAAGAGGAACUAAGUGUCUUCUCUUUUAUCGAGUGUUGAAAUACAAUAAAAUGGCAGUAGCAAUUGGUCACAUUGCUUAGAGAACCUUUCGAUAAUACAUAUACUUGACAUUUCUAUUUUUCUUAGUCAUCUUCGUCUAUGCAAUGAUUGGAAUGGAGAUGUAUGCUGGCUAUUUUGAUUAAACAGACACUCUAGGAUAAUUGCAUUCUUAUGAUAAUAUUUUUAAGGCAUUUAUGACAAUAUUCAACAUCUUAACAAAUGAUGAUUGGUAUGGAGUAUAUGUUAUGGGAGGUAAUAUCAACUAUAUAUUUGCUGUGAUUUAUUCAUAUUCGAUGGUUAUUUUACUCAAUUAUAUAACAUACGGUUUGGUGUUGGCUAUAUUGUUGGAUGGCUUCGGAACCAUAAACGAGGAGAUGUAGGAAUUGGAAGAAGAAAAAGAACCAGAGGAAGAUAAAAAUAAUGAUAAAUAAGAGGAAUAGAACUCAUAGAUAACAGAGUAAUAAGAAAUAAACGACUUUCAAUUGAAUUUAAGACCGCUGAUAUCAUAAAUCAAUAUUAGUGAGAAUCAAUAGAAGAAAUCAAAAUAGAAUUUAAUAUCAAAUCUAAUGAAAUCAAUAAUUCAUAGGGACAUCCUUAGCUAAUAUCCUAAUCUGUAUGAUGGAAUUUAAUGUCAAUAAUCGUUGUAUUUAUUUGAAAAAGAAAACAUAUUCAGAAUUAUCUGUUGCAGAAUAAUCACCUCAAAUUUCUUCAUCUACUUUAUGGAUUUAGUAUUAUAUUAUUCAAUCGUAGUCUUUGCUCUAAAGACUUAUAAUGAUUAUGAGAAUGAUUCGUCUGUUUAUCCGGAAGUCUUGUAAUUCAUAGCGAAUAUUUUCUUUUUGUUUGAAAUAAUCUUGGGCAGUAUAGCCAAGGGGAUGUGGAUGAAUAAAGGAGCUUACAUCACAUACACUUGGCAAAUAGUCGAUGUAAUUUAUAUCGUCUCCUUCUUCUUCCAUUUCCCAUCGAGUGAAGAAAAAAAACCAAUAGUGAAUUUCUUUCUAUAUUUUGGGUAUUUCAGAGUUAUGAAAUUGAUGUAUAGACUAUCAUGGUUAGAUACAUUGAGAUUGGCAUUAGGUAGAUCUUUAGCUGAUAUUUGGAAUGUGUUGAUAACGAUGCUUUCAGUUUGGAUCAUCUUUGGAGUUUAUGGGAUUAUCUUAUAUGAAUAGCAGUUUGGAUUUUGUGAUGAUAAAAUGCAAUUUGGAAUUAGCAAAAGAGAAUGUUAAGAGUAGAAUAGGACAUGGAUCAAUUAUAAACAUAAUUUUGAUAAUAUUACAAUAGCCGUUCCUACUCUAUUUGUAGUUUCUACAUUUGAUGGAUGGGGUGAAAUUAUGCAAAUGUCAGAAAAUAGUUAAAAUUCAAACAUAGGCCCUGAAGCAUUCAAUAGUUACAUUCACACCUAUUUCUUUUUUAUAUUUUUCUGUUUCAUUGGUUCCAAUGUUCUUUUUGAGUUUAUUUACAGGAGUCUUGUAUGCAAAUUUGAAGGAGAAUUAGAGUAAGAUUGA